AUGGACUGGCAGGACCUGGCGGCGAUGGUGAAGGAGGAGCGGCGGGCUGGGAACCCUGUGGCGGCGCUGAUUGCGGCUCUGCAUCUGGAUAGAGGGCGCAUUGCUGUGCUGCUCACGCCGCCGGAUCUGGAUGACAUGGAGGAUGAGGAGCGGACGGCUCCUGCUACUCUGGUGGAGGUGGAUUAUUCGCUGUCAGCAUACGCUAACGCGCGCAUGUGGUUCCAGUCGCGCAAGAAGCAGCAGGAGAAGCGCAACAAGACAGAGGCCGCGCAUGAGACCGCGCUCAAGGCCGCCCAUGCCAAGACCUCGCAGCAACUCGCACAGGCCAAGGUGGCAGCGACGGUGCAGCACAUGCGCAAGGUGCACUGGUUUGAGCGCUUCCACUGGUUCAUCUCCUCCGAGAACUACCUCGUCAUCAGCGGCAGGGACGCCCAGCAGAACGAGAUGCUCGUUAAGCGCUACAUGCGCCGUGGCGACCUCUACAUUCACGCGGAUCUACACGGAGCAGCAAGCACAAUCAUCCGCAACACAGACCAGCACGGUCUAUCACCCAUCCCCCCGCUCACACUCGCACAGGCCGGCGCUGCCACUGUCUGCCUAUCCGCUGCCUGGGACUCCAAGGUGGUUACCAGUGCUUGGUGGGUGUACCCCCAUCAGGUCACCAAGACGGCGCCAACUGGCGAAUAUCUGACCGUUGGAUCGUUCAUGAUCCGCGGGAAGAAGAAUUUCCUGCCGCCCGUGCCGCUUCAGAUGGCGUUUGGGUUUGUGUUUAGGGUGGAUGAGAGCUGCGUGGGGGCGCAUUUGGGGGAGAGGAGGGUGCGCGGAGGGGGGGAGGAGGGGGACGGGGGGAUGGGGGGGCGGUGGGGAAGAAGGGAGGGGGGAAGGGAGGGGAGGCGGUUGCUGGCGUGGAGGCUGGGGAAGGGGAAGGGGAAGAGGACGGGGAAGGGGAAGGGGGAUUGGACGAGGAGGGAGAGGGGGAGGGUGGGUGCUACUGCUGUGGAGGGAAUGAAUGAAGGAGCUGCAGGCACGGGCCGAGCCAAGAGAGGCUCGGGGUCAGGUGCGGAUACGGCACAGCAGAAGCAGAGUGGUGAACGGAAAGCGGAAGGGAGAGGGCAGGCUGGGAGCAUAGCUUCUGGCGUACCUGCUGCUGCUAAGUAUGGUCUGGAAGAUGUAGGUGUGGCAGGGGAGGGUAGCGGAGAGGAGGAGGAGGAGGAGAGGGCUGGAGGGGAUGGUGAUGGUGGGAAGGGCGGAGUGCAGAGGAGGGAGAGGGCGGGGGGUGGAGAAGAGGGAGGAAAGGGAGGAGGCGGAGGGGAGGAGGAAGAGAUGGGAAGGGGCAAGCGAGGGAAGGGUGGGAGGAAAGGAGGGAGUGGGAAGAAGGGGGGAGAGGAGCAGCCGCAGGAACAGGCACAGGGGAGAGGAGGGAAGGGGGGUGCCGAAACGGUGAAGGGAGCUAGGGGCAAGAGGGGUCAGAGCAAGAAGCAGCAGAGCAAGUAUGCGGAUCAGGAUGAGGAGGAGAGGCAGCUCCGACUGGCCUUGCUGGGGUCGGCAGGCAACAAGGCAUCAGCGGCCGCAGGAAAGAAAGGAGCAGGCAAGGGCGGAAAUGGUGCCGCUGCUGCUGCUCUGGGCAAGGGGCACCGAGCCAAGGAGUGCACUGCUGAUACUGCUGCUAGUGAUGAUGUUGGUGGGGUGAGCAAGGGAGUAGAGGGUUUGGAGAGUGUGGAGCAAGUCGAAGGGGAAGCUGCGAGAGGAACAGCAGGAGGAGACAUUGGUGGGGUGAAGGGAGAUGAUUCAGCACAAUCAGGGUUGACGAGUCUGGGGGAGAGUGACGCACAUAGCAGCGGGGAAGGAGGAGCAGCAGCAGGAGGGGAAAAGGAAUCGGAUUUAGGAGAGAAGGGAGGAGGAGAGAGAGAGGCAGAGGGUGGGGAGAAGCUGAGCCGGCGGGCACGGGCGCGGGCAGAGGAGGCAGAAGUUGAGGCGAUUCUAGCAGAGGAGGAGGUAGCGGAGGUGGGAGUGGAGGAGAGGGAGCGGCUGACAGAGAUCGACUCGCUCACGGGCGUGCCUCUGCCCUCCGAUGUGCUGCUGUAUGCCGUGCCUGUGUGCGGGCCUGUGAACGCUCUCGCGAAUUUCAAGUACCGGGUUAAGGUCACUCCAGGCCAUCUUAAGAAGGGCAAAGCUGUCAAGCAAGCAGUGGACCUCUUCUUGCGCUCGCCGGACCUGUCGGCUCGGGAGAGGGAGCUCAUCAAGGCCGUGCCCCUCCCGGACCUGGUGUCUGCGAUGAUGUCCAAUGCUAAGAUCACAGCCCCCGGGCUCAAUAAGAUGUUCGGUCUGACGCGGUGCAAGCGCAAUGGCCGGCGCGAUUCGUCGUACGUGCGUUACUCGUGGUACUCCACGUCGUGCCGCCGCUUCAUCCGCUUCAACUCCAGGGGAUUCCUUCGCAUACUCGCCAAUCGCACGUUGGCGAUCAUCGGCGACUCCAUCGCCAUCGCCAACUUCCUCCCCGCCAUCCUCUGCCAGUUGCGCGCAGUCACCGCCGUCUCUGCGCCCACGCGCCACCUGCUCCCGCGCGGGCCCCUGGCGCAGCGCUCCCCGCAGCUGGACGCGCGGAUUUACCGUGUGCCCGCGGUCGGCGGGCGGAUCGUGGGGAUCUGGGACGACUAUCUCAUGCGCGUGACGCAGGACAAAUCGAUGCUGGCGCGGUUGGUUCCGCGGUACAGCGCGGCGGAGGCGGGCCCGGAGGACGUGGCGAUCGACGUGCAGACGGCGAACCCGCAAUGGGCGGCGCUGCUGGGGGCGGUGGAUCUGGUGGUGCUGGAAACCGCGACGCACUGGCGCACGCUGCGCACGAAGAAGGCCUCCGCCAUGGCUAUUACUGACCGCGACUGGCGCGUGCUGCCGGGCGUGGACGCGUACCAGGGGUACAGCAAGGCGAUGCAGACGAUUCGGCGGCUGUUCGAGUCGCCUCGCGCCGCAGUCACGUCAUCCGCCUCCUCCGCCGCGUCGUCGUUCUUCGCCGACGCGGAUGCCGCCGACGCUGACGUGGACGACGGCGCUUAUGGUUACACGGAUGAGAUAGACGGUGGUGAUGGUGAUGAUGCGCGUGAUAGCAGCAGCGCGAGCACACCUGCACGCGGCCUUUCCUCCACACCACCAUCAACUUCAGUACCAAUAUCAUCGCUAUUAUCAUCAGAACAAGAAGCAGCAGCAGCAUCAGCAGCAGCAGCAGCAGCAGCGACGGCGGCGGGCAGCAGGCGCGGUGGUCCGCUGGCGUUCUUUAUGACGGCCUCCCCGCAGCACAACGCCAAGAAGCUCGGCGGGCGGGGGCUCUGCGGGUCCCCCGGCCACGUGCUCACGCGGAAAGAGAGACUUAGAACUCCUGCGGGGAACAUGCAAGGGGCCAUGAUGCAAGGGCGAAAAAAGACACUUUCAGCCAACUCUCCCCACCUCCUCCCUCCCCUCCUCCCUCCCCUCCUCCCUCCCCUCCUCCCUCCCCUCCUCCCGACCCUCCUCCCGACCCUCCUCCCGACCCUCCUCCCCGGCCCCUAUGCGACCGCCUCUCCCCCUCCACCGUCUUCUUCCCACCCAUUCGCCUUCGCUCCUCUCGCUUUACCUUCACCAUCCCUUUCAAACUCCAUUUUUUAUCCCCCCCGCCGCCGCUCCCCCGCAGGUAGCGCGCAUGGAGCGCAACAACGUGCAGCUGUCGCGCUUCCUGCCCAUGCAGCGCGCGGCCUUCCCCCCGGGGGCGCGGUGCGCCUGCUGGACAUUGCGCGCAUCUCCGCCAUGCGCCCCGAGGCGCACGUGGGCAACUGGUCGACCGCCACUGGCAAGCGCUCUCCCCAGCUUGCCCCCAAACCUGCCCCCAAGCCUUCCCCCAAGCCUUCCCCAAAGCCUUCCCCCCAGCCUGCCCCCAAGCCUGCCCCCAAGCCUGGCCCCAAGCCUUCCCCCAAGCCUUCCCCCAAGCCUUCCCUCAACCAUUCCCCCAGGCCUUCCCCCAAGCCCUCACUUAACCCCGCCCCUGAGCGGCCCCCCUCCCCCUCCCCUUCCCCCGAUCGCUCCAUGCGGCCUCGUGACCCCCCAUCACCGGACAGCAACUUUUCUGGGAACCAAGGCGGGGGAGGGGGGAGUUCAGGGGAGGAGGGGAGGAGGGGGAAGCAGCAGCAAGCCGAAUCGCAUGAAACCUCGGCAGGGGGUGAUGUUGAUGAUGGGUAUGGUGCAGACGAAAGUUACAGCAGUAGUUACGGUGAUGAUGCUGAUGGUGAUAGCGGCAGCAGCACUGGUGGUGGUGAGAGGGGAGGGGAAAGCAACAGCUCUGGUCACAAUGCUGCGAGUGCUUCUGCUGCUGCAUUUUCUGCCACUGGUGAUUAUAAAGAGUAUGAUGGUGACAGUUACAGUUUGAGCUCAGAUCAGCCGAGUUUACUUGGUCAGAAGAGUGGGAAAGAAGGGGCAGACAACAGCGGGUCAGCAAUCAUUGUCACAGCAUCUGCUUUCCCAGAUGCUUCCCCUUUGGUCAUCCCACAGCCUUCGAGUGAAGCAGCUGCUGGGAGCAGUUUACACGGGCACCGCUCCCCCUGGCACCACCACCACCAUCGCCUAAGUCAACGCCAAAGCCACCACCGUGGGGAAGACGUUGCCCCUGCUAUCCAGGGAGGAAACCAGUCUGAUGGGACAGAUUCUGACAGCCUCCCCUUUUUGUUGCAAGGGAGUGGGGGAGCAAUGCUUAAGAGCAGUGCGGUGGUGCCUGUGGAAAGCCCUCUGGUCGGCCGUGUGGUGACAUCACAGACAUUGCAAGUGGGGAACAGCAGCCAAGGCAGGCCUGUGGCAUUAUUUGCAGCAGAUGGGGUCGGCAUUAAAGCAAAUUGUACAGCGGAUGCUUGGUAA